AUGGGUUGUCCAAUGGGAUUUGGUGAAUUAAAUAUUCCGUCGUCCAGAGCAUUUUGGGACGAUUGUGAUGAAGAUGAGUGUCCAAAAGUGGAGGCAAAAAAAUUACAGUUGGCAUUUGAGACAUGUCCCGAACAGGCUGAAUGGAAAACUAAAUGUAAGCGAAUGCUUGUAUUUGAGGGACCAUCAGUAAGUAGUUUUGCAGAGGCUACAUUGCUUUUAAAGGAUAGUCAAAAAAUAGCAGCUGUACCUAGUAAAAAAUCUUCGUUGCAUUAUGUGCCAGCAAAGGAUAUGCUAAUUGCCAUAAUAGAUGAGGAUUUAACACCAAGCGGAGAAAUAUGCCAACUUUUAUUGGAGCUCUGUAAACCGGAAGAGGUCAUCACCGUGACAAUAAAAGCUAAAGUUGAGUACAAAACCGAAGAUAUCGCUGCCAUACGUGAUGAGAUCACAUUUAUAAGAUCGAUUGAUGGUACACUGAAUCAUAUAGAAGCCUUGGAGGCACCUAAUUUUAUAGCUGGUGUUGCAGCAGGAAUUUCUUCCUGGCGUUGUAACGAGGGCUUGAAGACCCAGUCAUAUGUGGUCUACACUGACAAUUUGGCAUUGGAUCCUUUGGCAGCCAAGCCAAUAUUAGCACUACUCAAAGACUUGAAUAUAGAAUAUUCAUCAUCUUACAAACCCAAGAAACGGGAUGAUUCCCAUUUGUAUAUGUAA